GCAGUCUUUGGGGUGGGGUUCACUCGAUUUUAAUACACAUUCAGAGGCCGAAGAUCGGCCAUCUUCCAUUCACCGGCCAAAGUUGCCGACAUGAGGGCCACUCUCCACCGCCUGAACAAGCUCGCGAGUCGCUCCCACUCCGAGCAGGACCGAGAGGUGAGCUAUGCCAUGCGCCUCCUGCGGCGGGGCUCCUCCAGCCUUCCAGCAGCUGAGGAAGAGGAUGCACCCUCGAUGCCAGACGAACAGUUCGAACUUUGUGCCCAAAAAAGUUGGGAUCAGAACAUCGCGGAGGGCGCGGGGACCUUGAUGACACUGAAUCUUUGCUGGGCGUUGCUGCGACUGUUCGAGCUGUUGCGGGAUCUCAUUUGGGUCGAUUCUGCCCAGCAGGACUCGUGCAACGGCGAGGUGUUCCUGGCUUGGCGGCUCAUAGAGUUUGGCUUCUUGCUGGGCCUAGUUUGGCCGCUCUUCCGUACCAUCAAGCAGCCCAGGGCGGCCCUCUACUUUCCGAUCCUGGCGCUCUAUUUCCUCUACGUCGUCUUGAUUGGCUUGUGGCCCUUGAGCUUCUCCUGCCAGGAGCUUGAGGAACUGAAGGACUGCAAGCAGCGGGAGUAUAUCCUCAAGCGCUUUGAACGCUUGGACUGCGGCUUGCAGGGCGAGAGCUUGGUGCAGGUCAUGAUGGCUUGGCUGAUGCUGAUGCCCCGCGUGAUGCCCAGUCUCAAGCUCAUGCACUUCACCUGGGUGUGGAUCGCAGCUUACUUCUGCAGUGCCAUGGCCAAAGAGGAGUCAUCCAAGUCGCAGGGAACGCCAUCAGAGUCAUCCGAAGAGCCUCGCACCUUUGCAGAUUUGCUGCUGAUCCUGCUGCUGCUUUGUAGUGUGAACUUGUUCGCCUUCGUGAGGAAGUAUUACCUUGAGAAGGGCCAGCGUACGAAGUUCAUUUACGACUGGAGGCAGCGCCAGGCCACGCAACAGAUCUUUCAACUCUUGGAAUUCAUGGUCCCCGUGCACGUGAUUGUGCCCAUGCUGCGGAAACCGGGAGAGGUCAUCGCAGAUCCGGUCAAGUGUGCCUCGAUCCUUUUCGUGAUGUUUGUGGACUUCGACCAGACGGCUCGCAAGAAAGAGCCUGCAGAGUUACUAGACUACUUGAACAGCUACUUCACCCAGUUCGAUGAGAUUUGUGCGAAGCACGAGGUCACCAAGAUUGAGACCGUGGGCGAGGAAUAUGUUUGUGCUGUGGGAGUGGUGCCCAAGGACUGGGAGGUGGAUAAAGCCUUAGGACAUCAGGUGAUUUUGCAUCGACUCAUCAAGGCCGCGAGUGAGAUGUUGGAAGUUCAGCGAGAUGCGGAGGAGGAUGUGAAGUUCAAGAUGGGCAUUCACACUGGCCCCGUGGUCGCCGGAGUCAUUGGCCAAAAGCUGCCACGGUUCCGGCUUUUCGGAGAUACCAUCAACACGGCGGCCAGGAUCAUGCAGAAGGGCGUGCCUGGAGAGUUGCAGUUCGGGAAAGCCACUAAAGAUUGUUUGCCGCCAGGGGUGAGGUCUCGCUUUCGAGACAAUAUCGAGAUGAAAGGCAAGGGCAAGGUUCCUACCUGGCUCUUGGGCAGUGAGCCAACAGAGCCCCAGGCCAAGCCGCCCAAACCGCCCAAGGCGCGCAAGCGCGUCUCCUUCGCUGAGGAGAUGCGGGACUCGGUGUCCUCGCGGGGCUCCAGGCCCUCGAUCACCGAGGUGCUGACGAGCACUGCGCUGCCCAGCGCGCCUGAGGAGAACGAGGCUUGGAACAUGGUGCAACAACUCUCAGAGCGGUCCAAGAAUCUCAGGAGAGAAGCGCGAGAGCGGCCAACAAGAGGAUCCAGAGGAUCGCAAGGUGGCUCAGCUGGAAUUGAACUGUCCGCCAUGAGCCCUCGGAGAUCCAGCUUGAAGCGUUCCAGCACGGACAGUCGCCGCAGUUGGAAUGAGGAGGCGGGCCUCCGUCGCUCCUCACGGCUGAGUGAAGUGUGGAGCGAAACGCAAACCUUCGAGGACGUCUUGGAGAAAAUUACCGCGGAGGAUGGAGAGGAUUCGGCCAUCAUUUCGGUGGAUUCGGCCCUCGCCCAGUUGAAGCGGCUCUUUUCUCCGGGCCGGGAGGGCUUCACCCAGGAGAUGGAGGAGAAGUUUCACCAGUGGUUUCAUGACAACACCACGUGCAAGAAGAUGGAUGCGCGUUUAGAUCGUCAGGUCUUGUUCAUCUCCGUGCUCACCACGGUGGACAUGGCCUAUACGGUUUUCUACACCAAGGUCUUUGAGGUGGAUGCGGUGCAAAGCGGCAAGCUGCGCUUGCCCGUCUUUUUGUGUAGUCGCAUGGCCAUCCUCUUCAUCAUUCUGGCCUGGCGGGUGGCCUAUGCUUCCAAGCAUGCCAUGCUUUUGGAUUACAAGAAGGCCUCACAUGGGCUCUUGGUGUCAUACUGUACCAUUGCCAUGAUGAUGUUUUCCUCCUACAACGCCCUCACAGAGCUAGGGACCAAAUAUCAGCCUGAAAGAAGCAUCCACAGUUUGCUGAUCAUGCCCAUGUUUCAGCUGAUCAUCACGCAGAAUCCAUUCCUCUUCCGCAUCUCUGUGGUCUUCGUGGUGCUAGCCAGUGUGCUCAUGAGCAUGCAGUCCUUUGCUUUGGCCUUUGGGAACUUGUUCAUGACCCACCAAACCCGAGUGGUCUUUGUCGGCGUGAGCGUGGUGCAGUGUUAUGUGGCGCACACUGCCGAGAUCAGCUUCCGGCAACGCUGGAGGGCGCAGAACGCGGUGUCCUUCACCCGAGAGCGCACCCAAUCCAUCUUGAAUACAUUGAUGCCGGUCAUGGUGGUGGAACAGCUCCGAGACAACCCCUCAGGCUACCCCUCUCACAACUAUCGCAAGGCCACGAUUGCUCAGUCGGACUUAUGUGGCUUCACAAAGCUUGCGAGCACCAGAGAGCCGCAGGAGGUGGUGCAAUUCAUUGGCGAACUCUUUGGGCUGUUUGACGAGCUCACUGAUAAGUAUGAAGUCUACAAGGUUGAGACGGUGGGCGAUGCCUACAUCGCGGGGCAAGCAGAGGCGCCGCUGACCUACAAGAACUCUCCGAUGUCGGUGGUGCGUUUCGGCCUGGAGAUGGUCCAAAGGACCCACCGAUGGUCCCGGGGCCGCGGUGAGCAGGUGAGCUGUCGCGUGGGAGUGCACAGUGGAGAGUGCAUCGGCGGGAUUGUGGGCACAGAGAUGCAGAGAUAUCACCUCUUUGGGAAGCUGAUGACGGAAGUGGAGGUGCUGGAGUCAACAGCGCCCGAAGGACGAGUACAGGUGAGCCAGGAGUCUCCAUUUUUGCUGAAUUAUAUUUUGAGAUGUUCCUCCCUGGAACCAAUUGGUAGAGGAGAAGCUGGUGGAGAAUAUGUUGAAACGCUUGCAAAGACGCUGUGGACAAGCAGAUUUCCCUGGAAGGGAUCUCAGAGGACCUUGCAGCCCUUAAUUUCGAAGAGCGGCCGGAAGACUUCUUGACCACCUCCAAGGGGGAAGAACAUUCCUACGAGGAGGUUGGAGGAAGAACCUUUGUGGUCAGAAGUUAUGUAUACUAGAUUCGGGGCGGCCUCCAAUCAACGUGCGGGGGGUGAAGGAACGGG